AUGGCGAACGAAGACUAUGUGUUAAACUUUUCGAUUCCUUUAAAACCUGAGGACUUGGAAAUAGAGUCAGAGACCUUUUUCUAUGUUUCUGAUGAUAUGGAUGUGAAUUCAUUCUCUACGACAGAAAUUCACAGUUUAAUUGAUGAUAUUGAAAACAAAAUUUCGGAUAAACCCUACUCUAUCACAGAUGGAAGCGUCUUUACAGCAAUCUACAGUUGCAUUAAACAUUUUUCUGCUCUUGAUGAUACUUGUAAACAACGUCUAUUGGACAGUUUAGUCACAAAUCUAAGCAGUCUGUUAACUAGCAUAACGAAUCUGUUCAUCAGAUCAUCAGCCGAAAGAUCAUAUGGAGCAGAUGAUUUUGACAAAGUUGUUGCUAUUCACAAGAAUGCUUUGAAAAUGUUCGUCUUCUGUGUUUUCUGGGGAAUUUAUAAAUUCGAAAAGGAGGAAAUGGAAUCCAAUAGUGAAGCAGAAAAGAAGAAGAAGAAAUCCAAAUCUAAAAAGAGAAGGAAAAGCGUUUUGGAAAUGGAUGAUUGGAAAGAAAGAAUACUGAAACUCUUGAUUUCUGUCCUAGGACAUAAAUUAGACAAGUUGUGGAAUAAGGAAGACAAAAUAGAGGACUCUUUUGUUUUGUUAUUCUUCAGAGUUGCCUUCUCCUUUAUGGAAAAUCCAGAAAACCUAAAAUCAGAAACUCUCAAACCAAAGAUUAUUGAGCUUAUCAUUGCUGCCCUUCAUGCACCAUCAGGAAAUAUGCAAACAGUUAUUUCUUCGAUACUAUCCAUGAUAAUGUCGAACGCCAGUUGCUUAUCAUGUAUUAUUGAAAUGAUAGAACACAUUUGUGCUCCUUCAUCUGAUUCUGAGAAUAGUGUUGGAAAGCUUUUUGUUAGCGAGUUAUUCAGAGAGAUAAGCAGAUUAGAACAAUCUGUCAUGAAGUCAGAUUCUGCAGGUACAAAAAACCUUGCUCAAUUCAUAUCAGACUUGGGCGAAAGAGUUCCACUAUCGAUUCUUGUAAAUAUGAGCGUAGUGAUAUCCCAUUUGGAUGCAGAAUGCUAUCAUAUCAGAAAUGCUGUUCUGCAAGCAAUCACACACGUAAUUUGUAAAAUACUCAAGUCAACUUCAGAAGAAAAUAACAGUAGAAAUACCACAACAGAAAACAUUACCAAGAAAACUCGUGAUUCUCUGAUUGAUAUUCUUGAAGAGAGAAUGUACGACGUAAAUGCAUACACACGUAGUAAGGUUCUUGCUUGUUGGGGAAUGUUGUGCGAGGAAAAGGCUCUGCCUGUGAGAAAAAUACCUCAAGUUUUGGAAAUGGUGUCUGGAAGAUUAUAUGAUAAGAGUGCUUUCGUCAGAAAGGCUGCAGUGCAUUUCUUAUCAACCAUUCUGUCUAACAAUCCUUAUGGAAGUGUUCUGAAAUUAUCUAUAUUGGAAGAGAAAUUGGCAGCUGCUAAAAAAACAUAUGAUGAUAUUCCACAGUACUCUGAACCUGAGCUUGAACUUCUUCCAGAAGCAGAAAAAACUGAUCUCAAGACAAAACAAGACAGGGCAAAAAGAUAUUGCAUUUUGUUCAGAGAAGCAAUUUCUUUUGUUAACAAUUUGCAUUCAACCUUUGAAUCUGCCUAUCAACUCUUAAAUUCUAAAACCAGCUCUGAUGUUUGUGAAUGUAUCAGCUUUAUAGAGAAGUCUUUCAUGUUUAAACUUGAUAUCUCCACUCCUGCCCUUAAGAAAAUAUUUAAGCUUAUCUGGUCUCCUGAACAGACUGUCAAAGAUGCUGUAUUGGAAUCAAUUCAAAAUAUCUUUAUGAACCCUGAAAAUUUGAAAUCGACUGAUGAGUGUAUUGAAGUUGCACAACGAUUUGCAGAGUUAGCUUUAGAGUGCAACCAAUCUGAGCUUUCCUCUCUGGAAACUAUUGUGAACUUGAUUGUUUACAAUAAUAAGUUUUCAAAAAAUCUGUUCUUGGCAUUGUUCGAAUUGACCGGGAAAAAACAACCAGAAAAUCAUGUAGUUGGAGCCCUUAUUAUAAUUAAUAUGGUUGCUACAGCUAGACCAGAACCAAUAAGAAAAAAGAUUAAACUGUUAGUUACCGAGGUUAUGGAAGAACGAGCUAAAGCUAGCUUCCUCAUUGCAGUAUAUUCAUGCCAAAUUCUGCAAAGACUUGCUAAGGACGACUCUAGCGAAGCUUUUCAAGAUGAAAAAAAGAAGAAGAGUAGCUCAAACGAGAAUGAUGACUGUCUGAAAUAUGUUGGUGGUAAUCCAAGAUACAGACUACCAGAUAAUCACAGUGUUUUCAAACUUUUGCUUGACCUCAUCAUUGGAGAUCCUAAUUCACCACCGGAGCUAUCCAAACUUUCUGAAUGGAUGACCAUUACUGAAUCUGCUUUGAAUGCUAUAUUUUGCCUUGCAGAAGAUCCAAUACAGUUGACAACCCACAUUAUUAAGGAGGUUUCAUUGAAAACUAAUUUAUCAGACCCAAACCAAUCACGAUCUGAGACGCUCACUGUUUCUCCUAUUGAACUUACAAAGCUAUUUUUUAUUUUAGGACAUUCUGCUCUAAAAGAAUUAGUGCUGAUUGAAGACCAAUUCAAACAAGCCAAGAAAUAUAAACAUAGAAUGGCCCUAGAGAAGGAACAAGCAGCUGCAGAAAAGAAGGAAAAACCAAAGAAAGGAUCUAAAAAGAAGAGGGAUAGACAAGAACUUGAGGAGGAGAAUGAUAAUGAUACAACCGUUCUGGAAAGAGAAUUAGGCUUAGAUCCAUCAAGUCUUGACGAUCAUGAACUUGAAGAAACAUUUGAAAAGAAGGAACGAAAUAUCAUUACUGAGUCAUCUUUAUAUGGGUCCUACUUGCCUUUGAUUUUAUCUAUUUGCCAUGAUAGUGCCAAUUUGUACAGAUAUUCUCCAUUGAGAAAAACAGCCAUUCUUGCCCUUUGUAAAUAUAUGUGUAUCAGUCAAACAGUAUGCGAGGAUAACAUCAGAUUACUUUUUACAAUCCUCAUAAGAAAACCAGAAAUGAGAUCUAAACAAUCCAUAGAAGGUUAUACCACCAUUAGAAAUAACAUUAUUGUAACAAUAGGCGAUCUUGCGUGUAGAUACCCUAAUGUUGUUGAAAGAUAUAUUCAUCACUUGUAUAGUUGUCUCAGAGAUUCGGAUAGUAGAAUCAGAAAGAACACCUUGUUGGUUCUUUCUCACUUGGUUCUUAACGAUAUGGUAAAAGUCAAGUCAAAUAUUUUCGAAAUUGUCAGAUGUAUUGAAGACACUUCUGAAGAAAUUUCGCAACUAUCAAAAUCUUUCUUUACAGAGCUAGCUAAGAAGGCAUCCGGUAGCAACAAUCCAAUUUAUAACUUGUUACCAACCAUUUUAAGUAAUUUAUCAAGAAGGGAUGCUGGUGUAGGCCCUGUUGCAUUCCAAAACAUUAUGAAAUUCCUCAUUUCAUUUGUAACAAAGGUGCAACAUAAUGAAAAGUUAGUUCGCAAACUUUGCCAAAGAUUUGACCUUGUACGUUCUUCUUCAACAACCAAAGCCACAGAUGAAGUUUUUGAGAAGAAGGAAGAGGAUCACCACACAGAUGAAACCAAUAUGGAUGUGCAGCCAAAUGAAGAUCUAACAAAGAUGGAGAAAUCUUGCUUACUGUUUGACCCAACUCACAAUGAACGACAAGUGUAUUCAAAUAUUGAUUUCAGAAGAUUGUGUUAAAUCCUAUAAGAAGUCUUUGAUAGAUUUUGAGGUUUAUGAAUAUCUUACUUCAAUAACUGCCAAAUUUAAGAAAACUGCCACCUCAAAAAUUGGAAAGAAAGCCAGUGAUGGAAAUAUGAAUCAAGAACUUAAGGAUCAGAUUGAGGAAUGGGAAAAGCAAACAAGACUUACUCACCUCAAACUAUGUGAAGAAAAUGAUAUUGAAUCGAAAUUACUCACCAAAGAAGAGGAGGAAGAGGAAGGAAAGAAAAAACCAAGAAAAGCAAACAGUAAGGUAAAAUCCAAACAAAAGGGCAGAAAGGCAAUCGAAGAAGAAGAGGAGGAAGACAUGUCAGAAGAAGAGGAUGAUGAUGGAAUUGACGAGCUAUUGGACGAUGAUGAUGAAGAGCUUGAUUUACUGGACGAAGAGGAUGAUGAGCCAGCUAGUAAAUCUAAAUCCAAACAAUCCUCUCAAAGCUCCUCCAAAGUGGUUGAAGAUGAAGAAAUGCCUGAAGAAGAGCAAGAAGAAGAAGAAGAGGAGCAAGUCAUUCAAACAAGAACUAGAUCAAGAAGAAUUAAAAAUAAAUAGUUCUUUUACUUUUUCUUAUC